UUGCUGAGGUUCAGUAAUGCCAGUGCGUUGGACCGAGCCGGCGCCGCUCGCAUUUUAGCGCAAGCAGUACACACGGCGUUAACGCGGACCGAGUUUUUCGUUGUCGGUGUCUUGCCGCACACAGCAACAAUUUUCGAUUUUCGUUUUUCCUUCCGUCACCGGAGGGACGACUGAUAAAAAUACAACGCGCGAAACGUCGUCGCGGCGGUGGUUUUAUAACUCGCUUCCUUCCCGUCCGGAGCACUUCAUCUCGUUGUAUUUUUUCCACGCGUUUUCCUCCUCGAGGGAACAGUCCACGUGCGAAUUAUAGACACAGCUGCUGUGUUGUCUCCCGGAACGUAUUGUUUUUUUUAACAUUUUUUUUUUCGCUCCCCGCAAUACAUUUUCUCACAUUCCCGUUUUCCGAAGAAAAUGCUCAUGUCUGGCGACAGUCGUCGUCGUUGACGCAACCGAUCGCGGUUGUACGUCCGCGAUGAGCUAUAGUCGAGUCGAAGCGACACACGACGACCGGACCGGAGCCGACCCAACGGAUCUUUACGCUGGUGACUGAAGGAUCUCAGCAGCCGAAUGGCUCUAAUGCUAGUCGGCUUGUUGAAAGUCUUCUCGGCACUCGUUUUGAUCGUGUCCACAUCGAGCAAUUCGUUGCUGUUGCUAGUGUUCUACCGCCGACCUGGUCUGCGCACCCUAUCAAACAGAUUCGUCAUGAAUUUGUUGGUGACGAAUUUGGCGAGCAGUUGGAUACUGGUGCCGUUAACGUUAUGGGAAAGCGGCCCGUUCAGCAGUUGGACGUCGCCGCUACCGCCGGCCGUGUGGCACGGGCUGACCGGUGCUGUGUACGCGCAGUCCGUGCUGUCCGUGAUGACGGUGGCCGUGGACCAGUACUACGCGGUCACCGACCCGCUGCGGUAUCACGUGACGGUGAACGCGGCCAGUUGCGCGGUAGCCGUGGCGGUUACGUGGUGCCUGUCCGCCGUGGCCGGCGCCCUGUCGGCUCUAUGCGAGCUGUCCGUCGCGCCGGAAGUGUACCGGCUCGUGUUUCCUGUGACGUACGCCGUGCUCCUCUACGUCGUCCCGUUCGUUACCGUGUGCGUGGUGUACGUGAAGAUAUGCACCGCCGCGCACAGGAACAGCGAACGGGCUCGACGUAACGGGUCCGUGCCCGACCACUUGCAGCAACAACAACCACUUCAGCAGCAGCAGCAGCAGCAGCCGCAGCAGCAGCAACAACAACCGUUACAACAACAGCUGCAGUACAACAACAAUAACAACAAUAACGCUAACAUCAACAACAACAUCAAUAACAACGAGUAUAACAUAGUUCCUACCAUUCAAGAAGAGGACGACGAGGCGUUGGAGUCCGCUUCCCUGCAGGCGGCUGUGUCCUACGAACCGGAAGCAUCGUCCAAACCACCUCAGUCCACCCGAGCUAGUCUGAAGAGCACGUCCAGUUCCAUUGUAAACCAUUUGAGAUACAGGAUAUCGAACGCAAGCAUGUUCCGUUACCGGGAGGAAACGCGGGCGGCCAAAAUCUCCGCGCUAGUCAUUGUCACGGCGGCCGCGUGCUGGACGCCGUACGCGGUGCUCAAGCUGUCCGAGUGGCCGCCACUGUUCGGCAGCGGGAUCCCGUCGCCGGGCCCGCUGGCCGCGCUCCUGUCGCUGUCCGCGCACGCCGUCAUCACGCCCAUACUGUUCGCGCACCGCAACCGGCGCGUGCACCGCGAACUCUGCCGCAUAUUCUGCCGGCGGAAGCGGUGCAGCAGUUUCUACGACAACGUCCGGAACGCGACCGUCGCGUCGUCCGUGGCCUCGGGGCCCAUCAAGUCGGCGGCCACCAUCGGCGGCGGCGGCGGCCUAAAAGCCGCGGGCCCGCAACACGUCUUCGGCCGGUGGUUCGGCGGCGGACAGGGCGGCGGCAUCGGGUUCGACAAGUCGGCCGCUAAACCCUACGUCGCGCCGUCGUCUGUGGUCGUGCCCGCCGCCGCGCACCUGCCUACCGACACGGAGAUGACUCGCAGCUCGUUCUCCAGCAACGGUAGCGCCACCACGCAGACGUCGUCCGUGAUCACGGUGGAUUGACCACGACGGUUCGCCGCCUACACGUCGAGGCGGCGUUGACCCGUCUGCUCCGAAACUUCUUUUCUAGUCACCCCGUUCCCAAAAAAAUAUCUACCCUCAUCCCCCUCACGGGUGCUCGUCUACGCUGUAUUUUAUGUAUAUGUAUAUAUAUAUAUAGAUGUAUAUUUGUACACGAGCCACUCACCCACCACCGUCAUCUUCGUCGUCGCCUCAUCCCCACGAGUAUGAACAUGUCUAUACGUCCUAUCCCAAACCUACCACCCUCCAUUCAUCAUUCAACCGGUGGUUUGCCAACAGCCGCGAUUUGUCGGACGAGUGUAUAAUUGUUUGUACGUGCAGCUUAUAGUUGUCACGCGCGUUUUGUAUAUUACAAGAAUAUA